CACUCACUGCUGCUGUGUGUGAAGACUGAAGGAGAGGAGGACCCGACCACGCUGUGCCCGACAAUUUGUAAAAUGGACGCUACAGAGUUCCGGAGGAGAGGGAAGGAGAUGGUAGACCUGAUAGCAGAUUACCUGGAAAACAUAGAGCAGAGGCCGGUGUACCCCGACGUGGAGCCUGGGUACCUGCGGUCCCUCAUCCCUGAGGAGGCCCCUGAGGAGCCUGACACCUACGAAGACGUGGUCAAAGACAUUGAGAGGGUCAUCAUGCCUGGGGUGACCCACUGGCACAGCCCGUACUUCUAUGCCUACUUCCCCACGGCUAACUCCUUCCCGGCCAUGCUGGCAGACAUGCUGUCUGGAGCAAUUGGUUGCAUCGGAUUCUCCUGGGCUGCCAGCCCGGCGUGUACAGAGCUGGAGACAGUCAUGAUGGACUGGCUUGGGAAGAUGCUCAAGCUGCCAGAGGACUUCAUUGCCGGGACACAUGGACAGGGAGGAGGCGUCAUCCAGGGUACGGCCAGUGAGGCGACUCUGGUGGCUCUCCUAGCUGCCCGCUCCAGGGCGGUCAGAAUGAUCCUGGCCAGUGACCCACAGCGUCCAGAGACUGACAUCACCUCCAAAUUGGUGGCCUACUCCUCCGACCAGGCUCAUUGCUCAGUGGAACGAGCAGGUAUGAUUGCCGGAGUGAGGAUGAAGAAGAUUCCAACGGAGCAGUCAGUCAAGUAUGCUGUCCAGGGAGAGACCCUCCGGAGAAUGAUACAGGAAGACAAGGCUGCAGGACUCAUCCCCUUCUACUUCUGUGCUACUCUUGGGACCACUCCCUCAUGUGCAUUUGAUCACAUCACUGAACUUGGGCCCAUAUGUAAUGCAGAGAAAGUCUGGAUGCACAUUGAUGCUGCAUAUGCUGGGAGUUCCUUUAUCUGUCCUGAAUUCAGACCCCUGUUGAAUGGCAUUGAGUUUGCAGACUCUUUCAAUUUCAACCCACACAAAUGGCUGUUAGUCAACUUUGACUGCUCUACAAUGUGGGUGAGGAAAAGAUCUGAUCUCAUUGGGGCCUUCAAGAUGGAUCCUCUAUACCUGAAACAUGAUCAUCAAGAGUCAGGGCUGGUCACAGAUUACAGGCACUGGCAGAUUCCACUGGGCCGAAGGUUCCGCUCUCUCAAGAUGUGGUUUGUGUUCCGGAUGUAUGGGCUCAAAGGCCUUCAGGACUACAUCCGUAAGCAUGUGGAGUUGGCCAAAGAGUUUGAGAGCCUGGUUCGUGCUGACCACCGCUUUGAGAUCAGCGCAGACGUCGUCUUGGGGCUGGUCUGCUUUAGACUAAAGGGCUCCAACGAGGUGAACGAGACCUUGCUGAAGAGGAUCAACAACGGCAGGAAGAUCCACCUGGUGCCUUGCCAGCUGUCUGGCCAGUUUGUGCUCCGUUUCGCCAUCUGCGCCCGCACCACCGAGUCACGCCACGUCCGCGAGGCCUGGCGACUCAUCACACAGCUGGCCAAAGAGGUGAUGCAGGAGCUGCCUCAUUGACCAUCCACACUGACUAGACAGGCUGGGUUGGACCAGGAGCUGUAUGUAUCAAGCAGUAUUUCAGAGUAACAGUUCAGGUCUAGGAUCAGGUCCCCCCCUGUCCAUUCAUUAUAAUCUAAAAGGCUAAAUUGAUCCUAGAAACUGAUCUUAGAUCAGCACUCCUACUCUGAGGCGCUUGAUGAAUAUGGGCCCUAACCCGACCUGUCCAUGGCCGGUAUUCAAAAAGCGUCUCAGAGUAGGAGUGUCCAUGUUAUCUUAUUCCUUAUGAAGUAAAAGGCUAAAAUUAUCCUAGUUCAGCACUCCUACUCUGAGAUGCUGUAUGAAUACAGGCCUGGAUCUCACUCAGUGGAGGCUGCUGAGGGGAGGACGGCUUAUAAUAAUGGCUGAAACGGAGUAACUGGAAUAGCAUCAAACCAUGUGUUUGAUGUAUUUGAUACCAUUCCACCGAUUCCGCUCCAGUCAUUACCACGAGCCCAUCCUCCUCAAUUAAGGUGCCACCAACCUCCUGUGAUCUCACUGUGUUUACAUCAUCAGCAUACUGUAACUGCAGCCCUUUCUAUCUGCUGUCUCGUCCCAUGUGUGUUUUGUGUGGCUGUAUGUGAAUCAGUGAAUUUGUGUGGAUGAGUGUGAAUAAAUUAAAGGUGCGUAUGUGGGUAAAGCAAAUCAUAUCCAGAUGUUAAGGUUUUGUUUGAUAGGUUACUGUAGUGUAGGGUUUACUGACAAUACACAAGCAUGUGUUCUAUGUAAAACCAGACUGACUCUGUUCUGCUGUGGAGCCCAAGAGUUCUGCUCUGACUCCACACCAGUGUGCUAAAUGAGAGAGGACAGGCCAGGCUAGAGACGGGCAGCAUCCCCCUCAGGGCUCUGUGUAUGCCCCGCCUGCUCCUCCAACCCCUCUCCCCCUCACCCACCCUGCCCUGUCCCCUCUCAACCUUAAUACUACUGUUCAUCCGAAUCACUUUAGAGAAGGCCAGCGUGCUAAAAAUACAGGCAAGGACUUAGUAUGAGUGGGCCUUUAUCCUGCCUGAGGUUUAUCCAGGCUCUGAUCACUCAGCUGUGUUUACCUGCUCUAGUGGAGUGAUUAGUAGAGGUAUUCAAUUCAGUCUAACAUUAUUUAUCCCCUUAACAGCAAUUAAGAAAGGCACAUAUUGAUUAAAACAUUGGGGUAGUCUAGGUCCCUAAAACAAGAUCGCACAUUAUACAUGUUCACAAUUCAAAAAUGUUUACAAUAGGGCUGAAUUUAAGAGUCAGAAAACAUUGUAUGGUUUGGCACCAUUAUACAGUAUGUAGAGAUAUAAAAAGUUAGUGUCCUACUUGCUGUUUGUCUGAAGUAUUGCCUUCCAAGGUUUGAGCUGUUCACUGUUUUCAUGAAGCCAAAAAAAUAAGUACAAAAAUGAACAGCAGGUUGAGAAAAUGCCAAAGAGAGAAACAGGUGUCUUAUACCAGAGAAACAGGUAGCUUAUACCAGAGAAACAGGUAUUGUAUACCAGAGAAACGGGUAUCUUAUACCAGAGAAACAGGUAUCGUACACCAGAGAAACCGGUAUCUUAUACCAGAGAAACAGGUAGCUUAUACUAGAGUUGGGGCCAUUCCCAUUUCAAUUCAGUCAAUUCUGAAAGUAAACUAAAAUUCAAAUUCCAUAAUGUUCUCAUAGAGAAGCAUUGAGAAAUAAAUGUUUUGUUCCAUAAUGGACUGAAUUGAAAAGGAAUUGACCCCAACCCUGGUUCAUACCCAGCUUUGUCCUGAACAUCAUAAUAACCCAUGAGACACAUGAUGAGACAAAUAAGAGUUCUUAUGGGAGCAACCAUUAAACCACCUACAGUAGGCCUUUGCACUGAAGUACAUGAAUAAAAUAUUCAGACAAGACAGCAGCUAAUGUCUCAGUUGAUUUGAAGAGACACAAAUACAAUAUGUCCCAAGCUUUAAUUAAGUUACUGGGCAUAGCCUAAGAGGAAUUGACUUGAGAGGAGUCUCACCUUAAGAAGGUAAUAUGAAUGUGUUUCAAAUGUGAUGUUAUUGUUGGGUGGUUGGAUAAACAAACCAGUUUAAUUUGAUUAGACCUUUAAGCUGUGAAUCCCAGCAUGUAAUAGAGUCCCUCUAAAUAAAUUAACUAAGUAAUCUUAAGAGAUAAAAUAUCCCUGUCCCUGGUUUGAUUCGCAAGUCAAGUGUGUCUUUUGAAUGAAGGAUGGAGGUGUGUGUGCGUGUGUGUGUAGAAUAUGUGUAGGGGUCUCUAGUUGUCUCUUUUAUAUCUGUGUUUACUUGAUAUAACCAGCACUUGGCUGACUUCUUCAGUCUCAGUAAACUUGAUCAGCUUGUACAUUGCAAUAAGGUGGUAGUGCAAUCCUAUGUUUUUUGAAGGAGGAAAAACUUAAGUGUAGCUGUAGUCUUUUAUAUGCUUUGAGUGGCUUUGUGGCUUCCUACUACCUAUCUGCCUCGUGACAUCAUUGUACGUUCCUCUUUACACAACAAAAUAAAUGUGUUGCAAUGUG